AUUUUUGUUCAUGUGUUACUAGUCUUGCUUCUUUGGCAUGGAGUAAUAUUCUUCGACACGAUCGAUUUGCUGGUCUGCCAGUGUUUUCAUUUUCUGAAAGUGUGAUGGCUGUUACAUACCUUUCUUCUUCGAGUUACUAUGGCCUCGACCUCUCGCGAAUCAUAGUCUUGAGAUCAACGUGAUUAUUAACACACGCGUUUGGUAUUUGUAGCCCUGGAUUGGCCACAUUUUCCAGUGUGCCUAGUACGGCCGUGUUAGGUUGACUUCGGCUUUGUUCAUGUGGUACUGAAUUUCUAGGUUUCAUGCAUUAAAGAUUCCUCGACGCUGUGAUACUUACAUCCGACCGGAUACCGAGACGUGCUGGACGUUGUGAAAUUCGGGAAUAACAGGGAAGUGGGUAUGCUAUCUAUAUCUGCUGGAAAACUUUGAUUUAUGAUACUGAGCCUUACAUCACCCAAGACUCUUCCAACUGCUUAGUGUCUACUCUGCCCCUACUCUAUCCUCCCUGGAUUUCACCAUCUAUUGUAACUCUCCGAACGCGGCUUGAUUACUUGGUAUCAAUCAUACAGUUGAAUUCAGUAUCUGUGGGGACUGAAGCAUCAUGGCAGCCAGAGAGUUUUGUCAGUAAUUCUCAUGCAGAUCAUGAAGUUCUUCGAAAUUGAAGCAGCCACCCAAGAAAAGAGCUGUACAUCUUAGAAUCAUUGUCCUUUUUGAGUGAUCGUCGGAGGUUUUUGUUCCGAUUUUCUUCCAUUUUGCAAAUGCAAAUAAGUUCGCGUGAGGUCCUAGGGCGAAUCACCGGCAGGAUGGGAUCACGGACGUGUACUCUCCUCCGUGCGGUGUUGGUCUUCUCAUUAGCGAUAAGUGUAGUGACUGGGAUAGUUCCGGAAACUAGCGCGUCUGAAGCAGAGGAUCAACCCACUUUUCUUCGUCAUUUUUGGUCUACUUCUGAUAAGCACCACUACAAGUUGUCUGAGGGUGGCGAAGUUGCUGAACUUGUUCUGGACCAGAAAGCAGCUGCUGGUUUUGCAUCUAAGACGAGAUACCUGUUUGGGCGCUUUAGCGUUCAAAUGAAGGUUCAUCCAGGCGAUUCGGCAGGCACCGUGAGCACGUUCUAUACUUCUUCGUUGAGCGGAAAGCAUGAUGAACUCGACUUUGAAUUUCUUGGCAACGAAGCUGGCAAGCCGUACGUCUUGCAGACUAAUGUAUACUCGUCAGGAGUUGGCGACCGUGAACAGCGUAUUAGGCUUUGGUUUGAUCCUACGGAAGAUUUUCAUACAUACGAGAUCCACUGGAACAAAGAGAUUGUCAUCUUCAUGGUGGACGAUACACCGAUCAGAAUUUUUAAGAACAAUGAAGAUCUGGGAGUUCCAUAUCCUUCACAGCAGGCUAUGAGCGUCUUUGCAAGUUUGUGGAAUGGGGAAGACUGGGCAACUCAAAAUGGAGCCAUCAAGUUAAACUGGGAGAAGGCACCCUUUGUGGCUUCUUAUAGAGGAUAUGAAGUCGAAGGAUGUGAAGUACCUUGGUACGAAGGAAAUGUGACUUAUUGCAUGACAUCACCUGAUAUGGAUGUUAUGCUUAGAAGAGCUACUAUCCAUACUUUGACAACCAGACAGCAAGCUCGGCUGCAAUGGGUGACAGAAAACCUUCAGGUUUAUGAUUACUGCAAAGAUUUUGUCAGGUACCCAACUCAGGGCCCAGAGUGUAGCCGGAACUCGGGGCUCCAAAUCAUUGGCCCGCUUCCACUGAAGUACUUAAAUGGGUUGCAGGCCCUUGGGGAAUCCAGGGCUUCUGAAUAGUUUGGAUCAUUGAAUGUACAUUACUAAACUACGCGAGAGAACUUGAUUUGAAAUUCAGUGCAGAUUUUAGGAAGUGGCCAUUCUCAAGAAUAUUAGCUUUGUACUAGAAUAAAUUGUAGAGCCGCUAGACACGAGUAAUUGGAACUCAAACGAUGAUCCUGAAACUCAUGCGUACUAGAUAAAUGCUGCUGAAGUUUUUGUAGAUGGAAGGCUGACAAUCAGAUUUUUCUCAGCAGCACUUAACGACUUGAUAGCUUACAGGUUUGAAUCAGCCUGCAUCAUUUUAAUCAUACUCAUUCAACUGUAAGGGAAACUUUGAUCUAAUGAAUUGAUCUAUUUAUAUUUUGACUUUA